AUGUUCGCCUCCGUGGAGCACGGUCCGGUCCUCUGCAGCGACUCCAACAUCUUGUGCCUGUCCUGGAAGGGCCGCGUGCCCAAGAGCGAGAAGGAGAAGCCGGUAUGCCGGAAGCGCUACUAUGAGGAGGGCUGGCUGGCCACUGGGAACGGCCGGGGGGUCGUUGGCGUCACGUUUACAUCCAGUCAUUGCCGGCGGGACCGGCCCACCCCACAGAGGGUCAACUUCAACCUCAGAGGGCACAACAGCGAGGUGGUCCUGGUGCGAUGGAACGAGCCAUUCCAGAAACUGGCCACAUGCGAUACAGAUGGUGGGAUUUUUGUUUGGAUCCAGUAUGAGGGCCGCUGGUCUGUGGAGCUAGUCAAUGACCGUGGAGCUCAGGUCAGUGACUUCACAUGGUCACAUGACGGCACUCAGGCGCUCAUCUCCUACCGCGAUGGCUUUGUGCUGGUGGGCUCCGUCAGCGGGCAAAGGCACUGGUCCUCUGAGAUCAACCUCGAGAGUCAAAUCACAUGCGGUAUCUGGACACCUGAUGACCAGCAGGUUUUGUUUGGUACUGCCGAUGGACAGGUGAUAGUGAUGGACUGCCACGGGCGCAUGCUGGCCCACAUUCUGCUGCACGAGUCGGACGGCAUCCUCAGCAUGUCAUGGAACUACCCCAGCUUCCUGGUGGAGGACAGCAGCGAGAGCGACACAGAUUCUGACGACUACCCCCCACAGCAAGGUGCGUCUGUUCCACAAUAGCUGCACAGCCACAAACCUUUGCUGACAGUUAGCUUCACCUCCGGAGACAUUAGCCUGAUGAACAACUACGAUGACCUCUCGCCCACCCUCAUCCGCACUGGCCUGAAAGAUGUAGUCGCCCAGUGGUGCUCUCAAGGAGACCUUCUGUCAGUGGCUGGCAUGGAGAGGACACUCCUUCCCCAUGAUCCAUCUUGCCCCCCUCCCACCAGGAAUGCCAUAGUAAAGUUCUUUAAUGUCCGGGGUGAACACAUAUACACACUGGAAACACCAGCACAGCGACCCAUUACUACCCUCUGCUGGGGCCACCGUGACUCCCGUCUCUUCCUGGCGUGCGGCCCGGCACUCUACGUGGUGCGUGUGGAACACCGCAUCGCAAAUCUGCAGCUCCUCUGCCAGCAGGGCAUCGCCACGGCGGUGAAGGAGGAAAAGGACGUCGCCAAGCUCACCAUUCCGUCACGUCUCUGUUCCUACGUCACUUCCGCUUUUAUCCCCACAAUCAAGCAGCCCAUUCCAGACCCCAACAACAUGCGUGACUUUGUGAGCUACCCAACAGCUGGUAACGAGCGUCUGCAUUGUACAAUGAAGCGUACGGAGGAUAACCCAGAGGUGGGGGGUCCGUGCUACACUCUCUACUUGGAGUACUUAGGAGGCCUGGUACCCAUACUUAAAGGCCGACGAAUAAGUAAAUUGCGCCCGGAAUUUGUCAUUAUGGACCCCAAGACGGAUGGAAAAACUGAUGAAAUAUAUGGCAACAGCCUGAUAUCGGCAAUGAUUGACAGCUGUAACUGCUCAGACUCCAGUGACAUUGAGCUAAGUGAUGACUGGGUCGGCAAGAAAUCUCCAAAGAUAUCACGGGGCAGUAAAUCCCCCAAACUUCCCAGAAUCAACAUUGAUCCCAGGAAAUCGCCCAAACUGUCUCGUACUUCCCAGGAAGUUUCAAGGUCACCACGGCUACCCAUUCGCAAACCAUCCAUUGGGUCGCCCAGUUUAACACGGAGAGAAUUUCCGUUAGAUGACAUUACUCAGCAAAACUACCUUGCUCAGGUCACAUCAAAUAUUUGGGGAACAAAAUUCAAGAUUGUUGGGCUCUCAGCAUUUUUGCCAACAAACCUCGGUGCAGUCAUCUACAAAACCAGCCUCCUCCACCUGCAGCCCAGACAGAUGACAAUCUACCUACCAGAGGUGCGCAAGAUCUCCAUGGAGUACAUCAACUUGCCCGUUUUCAGCCCUAAUGUCUUCAGCGAGGAUGAAGAUGACCUCCCUGUCUCAGGCCCUGCCAGUGGCGCAGACGACAACCCGCCAUGCACCGUCAACAUUCCCAUUGCGCCGAUCCACAGUCCUGCUCAGGCCAUGUCCCCUGCCCAGAGUAUUGGCCUUGUCCAAUCCUUGCUAGCCAAUCAAAAUGUUCAACUGGAUGUUUUAACCAACCCCACGGCAACCUCACCGGGAGCAGCUGCUGUUUCUGCUGCUGCUACUGCUGCUGGUUCCGACCAAAGCCAAGACACUGUCCUUACAGCUCAGUACACAGUCCCCACCCGAUACUCCAGUCCUGGUCAGGUCAUAUUUGGAGGGCUUGACAUGACGCGCCUCACUCAGCAGCAGCAGCUUCAGCAGCAGCUCCAACAUAUGCAGCAGCAGCAGCAACAACAUCAGCAGCAACAGCUCCAACAACACUUACUGCAACAGCAGCUGCAACACCACCACCAACAACAACAGCAGCAACAGCUUCACAUUCAAGUACCUAUGCCCUCCAUGCCAUUGGCACAGACUUCAGGAGCGACCAUGCUCCCGACUGGCGCGCUGCAGAUCCAGAUCCCUCAUCCGCCGCCGGAUCUCCUUGUCGAGAGAGGAGCCGCAGGUGAACACGAGCCCCUCCUGAAAAUUAAAACCACACGUUCAGGUCCGCAACUGGCCGAGGCUGACACGUUGGUGUUCAGUGCGCCGCUUGAGUUAAGUAAAAUGAAUCCCCCGCCUCCCUAUCCGGGAACUGUGGCUGCUGCAGUGGCGGCAGCUGCAGCGGCCGCUUCCAUGUCAGCUUCCGGUGCACCCUCAAGUGGCUCAUCAGGGACAGCAGGGGGCGCCACUGGAACACCACCACCAGCUGAUCUCUGUGCAAAGAAGGGAGACAUAACUCUUUAUUCCCUUAAUCAGCAACAAGGCCAGUACCCGACACCACUGGGCUAUGAGAGAAUCACCACCUUUGACAGCAGCGGUAACGUGGAGGAAGUGUGUCGUCCCCGUUCCCGUCUUGUUUGUAAUCAGAACGUCUACAAUUUGCAGGGACCCGGAAGCUCCGCCACCCUCAGGGUCACCUCUUCAUCCUCAUCUUCCUCUGCAGAAGGCAAGAAGAUCCAACUGCCAUACAGCUCUGCAACGCUCAACAGGCUUACCGCACCUCGCUAUUCCAUACCAAGUGGAGACCCUCCCCCGUAUCCGGACCCUGCAAAUCAGAACAGCAGCAGGAAUUCCGGACAGAAGCUUGACAGUAAUCUCAUCCACAACACUCUAAGGAGGAAUAGCCGAGAGGCAACCCUCAAAGUGUCCCAAAUGAUGGAACCUCCGAGGCCACUGCCACCUAAAGCUAAAAAUAACAGUGCACUAGCGGCCUCCUACCAGCAACGUGUUCAAACAGCCUUAUACACGUGCAGUCAGUGUAGCAGUGGUUCCAGCAUUGGAGUCACAGCUCCAGGCAGCGCCAACGGAAUAGCAGGAGGUACCAUAAUCAGACAGGAUUUUCCUCCAGGGAACGGAGCGCCGCACAGCACAGUUAUUGUACACUCUAACAGCGGCACCCCUCUGGCCUCGCAGUCCUCUUACAGCCUGCUCAGCUCACUUGAAGGAUCUGGACCCGCAGCCGGAGGAGGCAGCAGCAGAGACCAUGUCGAUUAUGUUAAUUCAGCAUUUACUGAAGACGAAACGCUCAAUCAUUCCCUCAGGCAUUUGGCUUUAGGAGGAAAUGAUACAACGGGCCUGAUCGUUAAACGGCCCCCACCCUAUCAGUGGGAACCUGCCACCACAGAGGAAGUGUGGGUCCCUCAGGAAAGGACCGCAACGCUCAACCCCGCCGCUCAUCCUGCACCCCACAAGCCACCCCCGCUUCUCCUUAGCCCGACUCAGCACUUAGACGUGUCCAGGCUGCCUUAUGUGUUGUCUCCAAAGUCUCCCACAACCCCCGGCGCUGUGUCUUUCCAAGCAGCCGCCGGCUACCAAAUUUCUCUCCAGUAUCCUUCCGUCACUGCCUACCCCGGAGCGCAGCUUCAACCAAUCCUAACGUCACCACGCCCUUGUUCCUCUCCAAAGGAAGUGGUGGCACCCGUGUCUCUGUCACAACAGGACGCAACCAUCGUUUUACCUGCUGGUUAUCCUGCCAGUCUACCCAACCUGGCAUGCUGUCCUCUACCACCUAUGUAUCCCUCAGGAAGUGCAUGUGCAGGGCUUCCCAUUCCUCCCAUCGCCCUCCAUACACCAUGGGGUACGUAUAACUCAUGUCCCCCUGUAGCCAGUCCUGCUGUGCCUCUACCACCCAAGGCUUCCCAUAUGGCAUUAGAUAAAAAUGCUCUUUCACCACCACCGCCGCCUCCACCUCCUCCACCACCGCCACCGCAGCCACCACACACAGAACUGCAGAACCACACAGGGUUGCAAGAAGCCAUGGCAGAAACCGGGGAUGGUUUCCAAGAAGUGCUGUCCUUAGCCGAGAGCCCAGUGCCUCCUCGGUCUGAAAAGUUCAACAAAAAGAACCGCAAGAGGGCGGACGGACGGACGGAGGAGGCCAAUGUGCCACCUUUGGCUGAAGGGAGCAAGUCCAAGAAGGAGGGCAGGUCACUGGGGGACUUCAACUCCCUCAUCUCCAGUCCACGGUUGGGAGGGAGGGACAAGAAAAAGAUGAAAGGACCGAAGGAGCAGCUUAAGGCGAAGAAGAUGAGUAAGGCCGCAGCAAACAGCGAGUUUCAGGACAGCUCAGAGAGCGAGCCGGAGCUUUUCAUAAGCGGGGACGAGCUGCUCAACCAGUGCCAGAGCGGGAAGAAAGGUUGGAAGACAAAGAGGAACCUCAGGGCGGCCAGCGAACUGGAGGAGAUGAAGUGUCGCAAGGCCAAUGAGAAGGAGGACCGAGGUCUGGGCAGCCAGGGCUUUGUUUACGUUAUGGCCAAUAAGCAGCCAUUGUGGAAUGAGGCCACACAGGUGUAUCAGCUGGACUUCGGCGGACGUGUCACACAGGAGUCCGCCAAGAACUUUCAAAUAGAACUUGAGGGCAGACAGGUGAUGCAAUUCGGUCGCAUAGACGGCAAUGCCUACAUCCUGGACUUUCAGUAUCCCUUCUCCGCCGUGCAGGCCUUCGCGGUGGCUUUGGCAAACGUCACGCAACGCCUCAAAUGA